AAAAUGUGCCAAAACUUAUUUCUACUCUCUAUCACAGCAUUAAUUAUUCUGAUAGAAAUUAAUGCUUUAUCACCUGAUGAACAAAAUGCCAUCCUUGAUUGUCACAAUAACUUCCGGGCUUCGCUAGCUAAUGGAAAGGAGCAAAACAAGACUGGAAUGAUGCCCCAAGGAAUGAAUAUUAAAAAGCUGACUUAUUCAAAAACUGUGGAAACUAGUGCUACUAAUUGGGCAAACCAAUGUAAAAUGAGUCAUACUCCAAGCAAUCAGCGUAAAUACGGAGAGAAUCUUGCUAUGAAUAGUGAUCCAAACAUGGCUACAAAAGAUGCUCUUUUAGAAGCUUGUAAACUCUGGUGGGCAGAAUUGAAGGAUGAUGGAUUCCAAUCUAGCCUAGUUGUUGAUAUGAAUCAUUAUAAUCAUUUUUCACAAAUGGCCUGGGCAGAAACUACCGAAAUUGGUUGUGGUGUAGCAAAAUGCCCAAACUCUGAUUGGAAAACCUAUACUGUUUGUCAAUACAAUCCACCUGGGAAUUAUCUCGGACAAGUUAUUUACAAAAAAGGAAAACCAUGUAGUGGUUGUGGAAGCACUGGAUGUGCUUCUAAUGGAUUGUGUAAUUGA